CAAAUAACCUAACCUAACAUGAUGACAGCUUGCGAUCCUAGACAUGGGCGUUACCUGACAGUGGCCGCCAUUUUCAGAGGAAUUAUGUCCAUGAAAGAAGUUGAUGAACAAAUGUUGAACAUUCAGAAUAAGAACUCAGGAUAUUUCGUGGAAUGGAUACCUAGCAACGUUAAAGUCGCCGUAUGCGAUAUACCACCUCGAGGCCUCAAGAUGUCGGCAACGUUCAUCGGUAAUACUACCGCCAUCCAAGAAAUAUUCAAACGCAUCUCCGAACAGUUCACUGCCAUGUUCCGCCGUAAGGCAUUCUUGCAUUGGUAUACGGGCGAAGGUAUGGAUGAAAUGGAAUUCACCGAAGCCGAAUCCAAUAUGAAUGAUUUAGUAUCCGAA